CGGGGCGGAGUGGGCAUGGCCCGCCGGGGGGCCGCCCCGCCGGCGCUGGCCCUGGCGCUCCUGGCCGUGGCCCUGGCCGGGGUCGGCGCUCGGGGCGCAGCCGUCGAGGACCCCGACUACUACGUGCAGGAGAUCUGGGACCGGGAGCCUUACGACGCGCGCCCAGAGCCGGAGCCCGAGCCCUUCUCGCCGCCGCCGCCGCCGCGGCCCGCGGGGCCCGGGGAGGGGGAGCGGGAGCGGGAGCGGGAGGGGCGCCCGGCCGAGCCCAGGCUGCCCAAGAAGGCAACGAAACCCAAGAAAGCGCCCAAGAGGGAGAAGCUGGCUCCGGAGAAGCCUCCCGCAGGUAAAAAUAGCAACAGAAAAGGCAUGAAAACCAAGAGCUCUGAGAAGGCUGCCAGCGACGAGCACCACGUGCCCGUGGGCCGAGAUGCCGUCCGAGAGGGUUGCCCACCUCUUGGUCUGGAAACCUUAAAAAUCACAGACUUCCAGCUCCACGCGUCCACUUCGAAGCGCUACGGCCUGGGGGCGCAUCGAGGGAGACUCAACAUCCAGGCGGGUAUUAAUGAAAAUGAUUUUUACGACGGGGCGUGGUGUGCGGGAAGGAACGACCUCCAUCAGUGGAUUGAAGUGGAUGCCAGACGUCUGACCAAAUUCACGGGUGUCAUCACUCAAGGGAGGAACUCGCUCUGGUUGAGCGACUGGGUGACCUCCUACAAGGUCAUGGUGAGCAAUGACAGCCAUACGUGGGUCACUGUGAAGAAUGGAUCUGGAGACAUGAUAUUUGAAGGCAACAGUGAAAAAGAGAUCCCUGUCCUCAACGAGCUGCCCGUCCCCCUGGUGGCACGCUACAUUCGCAUCAACCCCCAGUCUUGGUUUGAUAAUGGCAGCAUCUGCAUGAGGAUGGAGAUUCUGGGCUGCCCGCUGCCAGAUCCAAAUAACUAUUAUCACCGACGGAAUGAAAUGACCACCACUGAUGACCUGGAUUUUAAGCACCACAACUAUAAGGAAAUGCGUCAGUUGAUGAAGGUUGUGAAUGAAAUGUGCCCCAACAUCACCAGAAUUUACAACAUCGGCAAGAGCCACCAGGGCCUGAAGUUGUACGCCGUGGAGAUCUCCGACCACCCUGGGGAGCACGAAGUCGGAGAGCCAGAGUUCCACUACAUCGCAGGGGCCCACGGUAAUGAGGUGCUGGGCCGGGAGCUGAUGCUUCUACUGAUGCAGUUCCUGUGCCAGGAGUACUUGGCAGGCAACCCACGCAUCGUCCACCUGGUGGAGGAGACCCGGAUCCACAUCCUCCCCUCCCUCAACCCGGACGGCUAUGAGAAAGCCUACGAGGGGGGCUCAGAACUGGGAGGCUGGUCCCUGGGACGCUGGACCCAUGACGGAAUUGACAUCAACAACAACUUUCCUGACUUAAACACGCUGCUCUGGGAGGCAGAGGACCGACAGAACAUCCCAAGGAAAGUGCCCAAUCACUAUAUUGCAAUCCCUGAGUGGUUUCUGUCCGAAAAUGCCACGGUGGCGGCGGAGACCAGGGCCGUCAUAGCCUGGAUGGAAAAAAUCCCCUUUGUGCUGGGCGGCAACCUGCAGGGGGGCGAGCUGGUGGUGGCCUACCCUUACGACAUGGUGAGGUCGCUGUGGAAGACGCAGGAGCACACCCCCACGCCCGACGACCACGUGUUCCGCUGGCUGGCCUACUCCUACGCCUCCACGCACCGCCUCAUGACGGACGCCAGGAGGAGGGUGUGCCACACGGAAGACUUCCAGAAGGAGGACGGAACUGUCAAUGGGGCUUCCUGGCACACUGUGGCUGGAAGUCUGAACGACUUCAGCUACCUUCACACCAACUGCUUCGAGCUGUCCAUCUACGUGGGCUGUGACAAGUACCCGCACGAGAGCGAGCUGCCCGAGGAGUGGGAGAAUAAUCGGGAAUCCUUGAUCGUGUUCAUGGAGCAGGUUCAUCGGGGCAUCAAAGGCGUGGUGAGAGACUUGCACGGGAAAGGAAUUCCAAACGCUGUUAUCUCUGUAGAAGGCAUUAACCAUGACAUCCGCACAGCCGGUGAUGGGGAUUACUGGCGCCUCCUGAACCCUGGUGAGUAUGUGGUCACAGCCAAGGCAGAAGGUUUCACCUCGUCUACCCGGAACUGCAUGGUCGGCUAUGAUAUGGGGGCCACGCGGUGCGACUUCACGCUCAGCAAAACCAACCUGGCCAGAAUCAGAGAGAUCAUGGAGAAGUUUGGCAAGCAGCCUGUCAGCCUGCCAGCCAGGCGACAGAAGCUGCGGGGGCGGAAGAGACGACAGCGUGGGUGACCUCGCAACUCUUGAGUCAUGUUCCGGACCCCUGCAAAUUAAACCACUCUGGCUGUAGCUCCAUAGAGGACUCGCUCCUUGUUGUUUUCUCUGUGAUUCAAGAAGACCUGGGAGAAUCUGUGCAUUGCAAGGCUAGUCCCAAGGGGAGGUCUAGGGUAGUUUCUUGGGCGGAGCAGGAGAAGAAGGCUAGUGGGGCCGAGAGAGUGAGAAAAUUCAGGACGUCAACCUGGGAGUCUGGGAAAGAGAGGAGCUUGCCUGUUGAAGGCUUCCUGGCUGCACAGGAAGGGAAACUGGUGCUUCUCCUGUUUGCGUGACAGCAAGAGUUCCCCGUGCAUUUGCAAUUUGCAUGACUAAAAGGCAACAUUCCCAGGGCUCUGCCAUCCCAAAUAUGACUGUUCAAGAGGCUCCCGGGUAUUCUAAGAGAAUCCACCCUCUCUGGCCCCAGGACAUUCUAAGCUGCUGCAAAUAAAUCCUGUCUCUGUUGACAAUAGAGACGUUACCAAGUGAGCAUCAGUGAGCCUCUUGAAUGGGUUUAGCUUCCCUUUCAACAAAGGAUCCUGCUCAUGAAAGGAGACAAAGGCUGAAAUAAUUCAAGAGUGAGUGCAGGCAGCAGGCAUGCACUGGGGCUCAUGGCCUGCAGUGGGGUCCGCAGGGAACCCCCCAACCUUCCUGUGCUGCAGUAGUUCUGGGAGGCUCCCUGGGUGGGGAGAGCAGGAGGGGCCAGCCUACCUAAGGAACCAGAUCCCUUCACCUGGCUCUCCUUUUUGACCUGCUGGGACUUGGAAAGAUCUGGAAGGGCACUGACCUACAAUGCUGUCUGUUCAGUAGAUCUCCCCUUUGCUGGAAACAGGAUCCGAAGCUGGCCUGACAUCACUCUGGGAGUGAUUUUUGGUGUGUGGGCUGCCAGACCCUCCAGAUUCAACUCAGUUUGAUGAAAAGCUCUUAGAACGACCUCUGAGCAUCCACAUGGAAGGGGUUAGUGAAUCGCCGUGCCAGAAAACAAUUUGUCUCACUUUUUCUUAGUGUCGCUGCCUCACUGACCUGGGCAGAAUAGAAAAAUAAAGAAAGCAAAUGGCAA